AGGCGCGGGGCGCGCGCGCCGGGAGGGCCCGGGGCUUCUCCUCAGAGCUCGAGACGUCUUCUCAGGGCCCGGCGCCACCAUCCCCUCAGGGUCAGGGCUUCUCCUCAGGGCCAGGUGCCACCAUCCCCUCAGCCGCCACCUCGUAAAACUUGUAAGUUAGAAGCAAAACAACGAAAGGUAGCACUCCGCUUGCUCGUUUCUCACAAACUCUGGAAAGCUCUUCCUGUGGCAGCGUAAAAGCAAACGCUUAGGGGUGUAUACGGGCAGUAACUGUGAUUCUGAGAAAUGGACAACAGUAUUUGUCAAACGUAUGAAGAUGAAAUCCAGUUGCUGGAAGAAGAAAUUAAACUAUUGACUGAAAAAUAUGAAGAUAACCAACAAGAAUCCACCUUUUUUUCUGACGAGGAGAUAUUAAUGUCAAUGUAUGCCUUUUUUUCACAUGUUGGAUUAAUAGUGUUUCUUUGUCAAAAUGGUUUAGGAAAAUCACUGCAAAAAGAAUCUCAGCAAGAAUCUAAGGGACAUGAAUCUCCAUCAGAUCUGAAAGCUCAACUUGAAAGUCUAGAAACAGAUCUUUCUUUUUUGAUGAAAUUUACUGGAAUUCAGUUCAGAAGACAUUCCAAGAAAACAGUGGAAAAAACUGGAAACAGAACAGUGCAGAAGCACAGACUGUCAGGGAAUUGCCACUCCCUCUCUUUUCAAUUGGAAUUCCAGCUUCUUGAAAUACAGAACAAAGACAGUGUGUCUGCUGUUGUUACUAAUCUUGGGAUUAUAAUGGAAUCUGGAGAAGAUUCAGAUGUGAGCAAGUUUGUGUCAAGGAUUGAAGAACAUGGAAAUCUUUUGAUGUUUUUCAGAAGCCUUUCAACUUAUGCCGAGUGGUAUGAACAUCGUAGACGCACCUUCCUACAUUUCAAGACCAAAUACCCCGACGUGGUGACCCUUCCGGAAGGGCUGCAGGGAGAUCACAUCACCCUGAGGAACCCCACGCCUUCUGGGUUUGAAUUGGUGGUUGUUUGGAAGAUAGGUAUAGACGAAGAAGGGAGAACCACGCCUGUUCUGGACCUUCUGACCAAAGUACCGGAGCAAGUCCUGGAGCAGAACGUGGCACCCAUCGAGAACGCGCCCACCCGCUUCCGCAGCCUCCUGCUGCUCCUCGGGAUCGAGGCGGCCAUCGAGAACCUCAUCAGAGCAGUGGCCUCGAAAACCUGAACAGCAGCACGACUUAGGACAGGUAGCAAUUUCAAAAGUAGUUUUAAUUAAGAUAUUGUGUUACACGGUCUAUAAUUUUAUUGAAUAUAAACAUUAAGUUAUUUUCCAUUUAGAAACCAUACUCAUAAAACAUGCUAUCUGUACAAUUAUGGCACGUUAUAUAUAAAUUGUCAUGACAUGAAAAUAAAUACAGCCAUUUAAAUACAAAAAUGCCAAAUAAAAUAGUUACAUGUACAGAGUGA